AUGGCAUGUUUACUACGAAAAUCCCUCAGGACUAAGGCCCUGUUUCUGCACAAACUCGUUGGAAACUCGUCCGACUCGCAUCAAACACUGGCUUCCUCAAGCUGGUUUUGGUGCCGCCAGUUGUCACUUUCACUUCCACACAAAACCACUACUUGCUUCGCUUCAAAUUCGAUCCCAAGUCCAAGCUUCUCUAACGCGCUUCUUCAAAUUCGCUUUUGGGCCUCCGAGGCUGCCGCCACCGAACUCUCAACCUCUGAUGGGCUCACGGUCCAACGUAUUCUGGCCAAUAAUUGGACCAUUCUCGACGAACACGACGGCGAUUGGAGGAGUCAUGCCACCGCUAUAGCUCAAUCUAUUCAUUUGAUCAAACGCCGCUUACAGUGGGAAAAAUUGAAGGUGAGGUUGGAUAUGUUAUCAUUCCAGCUGGGUAAGGAAGACCUUUGGGAUGAUCCUAUGCUCGCAGGGAAAUUAAGCCGAGAACAUGGUUCGCUCCUGGGGAAGAUGAAAGAGGUAAAUGCAUUGGAACAAGAGUUACUUGAGCAUAUUGACAUGAUAAAGCUUGCCCGCGAAGAGAAUGAUGCGGACUUGGAAUCGGAAUCAUUGAAAGUGUUGCUUAACAUGAGAAGAAAUGCAAAAGAGAAAGAGCUAGAAGCGUUGCUUGCUGGGGAGCAUGAUUCUUGUUCUUGCUACAUUGAGGUUCAAGCUGGGGCUGGGGGUACGGAGAGCAUGGACUGGGCUGCAAUGGUCAUGCAGAUGUAUAAGUCAUGGGCACAGCGGCGUGGAUAUAAAGUAACUGUAAUGGAUGAAAUGCCUGGUGAGAUUGCAGGAAUAAAGCGAGCUACCAUCAAAGUCGAUGGUGAAUUUGCAUUUGGAUAUGCCAAAGCAGAAAUAGGAGUGCACAGGCUGGUGCGCAUAUCACCUUUUGACAGCAAUAAGCGCCGACAUACUUCAUUUGCUGCUGUGGCAGUGAUUCCAAUCCUAGGUGAUGGAUCUACCCAUGUACAAAUUAAUGAAUCUGAUCUUCGAAUUGAAAGAUUUCGGGCUGGUGGUGCUGGUGGCCAACAUGUUAACACAACUGAGAGUGCUGUAAGAAUAGUUCAUAUUCCUACAGGAGUUACCGCAACUUGUCAGAACGAAAGAUCGCAGCAUCAGAAUAAGGCUUCAGCUAUGGCUGUGCUUCAGUCAAGAUUAGACCAACUGGAGAUGGCACGCCAGGCACAGUUGAAUGCAAAACAUACACAAUCUCUCACUGACAUAACAUGGGGCAGUCAGAUUCGUAGUUAUGUUCUCCAUCCAUACCGUAUGGUGAAAGAUCUUAGAACUAACUACGAGGUUUCAGAUCCCGACUCUGUCCUUGAGGGAGAUCUAGACAGUUUCAUCUUGAGCUAUCUAUCAGCUUCUUUGGAUAAAGAUGAUGAUGCUUAA